AUGGUGAAGGAGAGGAAGUAUUAUGAUCUGCUCGGCGUCCCUGUGACCGCAACUGAGGCGGAAAUAAAAAAGGCCUACCGCCAGAAAGCCCUUAAAUAUCACCCGGAUAAAAAUCCGGAUAGCGCAGACAAGUUCAAAGAAAUCUCUCAAGCAUUUAUGGUUCUGAGCGAUCCUGAAAAAAGAGAAUUAUACGAUGCAAGAGGCGAGCAAGGAAUUAAAGAGGGUGGCGUUGAUUCGGGUGGAAUGGCUGACCCAAUGGAUAUAUUCCAAAUGUUCUUCGGGGGUGGUCGUUCUCGCGGACCCCGUCGAGGAAAAGACUGUGUGCACCAGUUGUCAGUGACCUUAGAAGAGCUAUAUAAUGGCAGUGUUAGGAAACUUGGUGUUACGCGAAAGGUUAUAUGUGAUCAGUGCCAAGGUCGUGGUGGCAAGGCGGGUGCCGUUGUAACCUGCCGCACAUGUCGAGGAACAGGCAUCCAGACUCACGUUCGCCAGUUAAACGUCGGGUUCGUUCAGCAGAUACAGACUACCUGCAGUGCAUGCAAGGGCGAAAAAGAAAUUAUUGAUCCAAAGGAUUGUUGCAAAAAGUGUGAAGGCAGAAAAGUUGUCCGCGAAACCAAGGUGAUUGAAGUCCCAAUAGACAAAGGCAUGACUGAUGGUCAAACAAUCAAAUUCCAUGACGAAGGUGAUCGCGAACCGGGCUUAGAACCCGGCGAUCUUAUUAUUACCCUUGAUGAGCAACCGCAUAGCCGUUUCAUCAGACGUCGAAACGACUUGAUACACACUAUAGAAUUAUCACUCUCUGAAGCCUUGUGUGGCUUCCAGCGAACAAUACGAUCAUUAGAUGAUCGGACACUAGUGAUAACUUCCAGACCGGGUGAGGUGUAUACUAAUAAAGAUUUCCGUGCGAUUGAAGGAGAAGGAAUGCCAAGAUACAAAAACCCGUUCGACAAAGGCCGGUUGAUUAUCAAGUUUGACAUAUCAUUCCCGAAGAAUGGCUUUCUUUCUAAAACUCAACUGGAUUCGUUGCGAAAGUUACUUCCUCCACCUACUUGUAUUGAAGAUAUUCCUGAAGAUGCAGAAUCGGUUGAGUUGCAUCCGUUCGAUCCUGAGUUUGAUCACCAGCAACAGGAGCGCCGUGGCGAGGUAUACGAAGAUGUAGAUGGUUCUGAGAGUUCCAAUCCGCGAGUUCAGUGUGCAUCCGCUUAA